AUGUUCUCAAGAUGCAGGCCAAAUUUUGUGUGGCCUCUUACGCUCAUGUCUUUCACAGUAAACGAGUGCAUCGGCGGCAACAAGGUGGAGCCGUGGGCGACGCUUAGCAUGAGCCGUCGCUCCUCGCGUGAUCCGUGGGAGCUGGGCGUGCACCAACGAAAGAACUCCAUCUAUCUCAACCCGCUGCCAGACGAGGUUGUGGGGGGGUCAGUGGUGGCAAAGCAAUUUCUCUCCAGGGCCUCCUUACCGUACAUGAACGCCAUACGCAUUGUGUCGGUGAACGGCGUUCCUGCCGUUUCUGCUUCGAAGGUGCGGCAUGAAUUGCGUCGAUGCAGCACAGCAGUGCUUCAUCUCGUUCUUCAUUCCACACGCUAUCGCCCAGCAGAGAAAAGACAGGUGGAGGAACUGGACGCGGAUGGUGUCACAGAGCGGUUGGUUUUUACGGAAAUGGAAGCCCCUGAGCAGGGAUUGAACGUGCAGAAGGAAGUAGCUCCAGCCGUUGUAACUGGCGCUCAUAGACGAAAGGCGGUCUCUGCAGAGGCCAAUUCAGUCAUGUCUGGUAACACAUCACCCACUUCAACACGAUCCCCCAAACAGACCAAAAGCGCCAGUCUCCGAAGAAGUAAAAAAAGGGUGCCAAACAAGUUGCACAAGACCCCCACCAAUACCAGGGCUACCACUACUUCCGCAGAAGUCCAUGUGGGAAAGGCUUCAAAGAGAGUGAUACCCAAAGCCACUAGACCCGCGAAAGACGCCACGGUUUCAAUUUGA